AGGUCCGGCAGGAUGCAGAAGCUCAAGAAUAGGAGGCAAAGCCUCUUUCCAAACUACAAGGUGGGAUGUCCAACCCCAGCAGUGAAAGACCCAGGGGAGGACAUCGACCUGCCAUUCGCCCAACACAGCUGGGUAAAGCCAUGGAACUCCAUGACGGAGCUAAGCAAAGAUAUCUACGAUAUCUAUGCUGAAUAUGAGGAUGAAGAUGAUGACAAGAUAAUGGCUAUGACUCCGAUGAGGCUAGCCUCUCCAGCCAAGAACUACAUGCUCAACAUCAAUGUAGGAGGCAAGGUGUACCAGAUCUCCUACCGGGCAGCAGCGAAGUACCCCAAGACAAGGAUAGGUCGUCUCGCAACGUACACCGACCACAACAGGAAGCUGGACCUAUGCGAUGACUACAUUGUCCAAAACAAUGAGUUUUUCUUUGACAGGGAUCCAGACAUUUUCCACAACAUUUUCAAUUUCUACCGGACGGGCGUGCUCUGGAUCAAGGACGAGUUGUGCCCGCGCAACUUCCUGGAGGAGAUUAACUACUGGGGCGUCCGAAUCAAGAACACACACAGAUGCUGCCGCAUCUCCUUCGAGGAACGUCAGGACGAGCUGAACGACCAGCUGAAGAUCCAGAGGGAACUCGAAGCCGAGGUGGAGACGGAGGAGCAUGAGGAGCUGUUCGAGGAGAUGGCCUUUGGAGAAACACGGCGGAUGAUCUGGAACAUGAUGGAGAUGCCCUUCUCCUCAGUCACAGCCAAGCUCAUGGCCGUGGCCUCCAGCUUCUUUGUGCUCGUGUCCCUGGUGGCUAUGACUCUCAGCACGGUGGAGGAGAUGCAGUACACCACGCCCUCGGGUCAGCUGAGUGGUCACUCGCACGCGGAGUACGUGGAGACCACCUGCAUCGCCUUCUUCACCAUGGAGUACCUCCUGCGUCUGAUCUCCACACCCGACCUGAAGCGCUUCGGCCGGAGCAUGCUCAACCAGGUCGACCUCAUCGCCAUCCUGCCGCUGUACCUGCAGAUGUUCCUCGAGUACCUCGAGAAGGAUGACCGUGCACACCACGGCGACAUCGAGACGGUCAACCGCGUGGGCAAGCUCGGCCAGGUGCUGCGCAUCAUGAGGCUCAUGCGCAUCUUCAGGAUCCUCAAGCUGGCGCGCCACUCCACGGGACUGCGGGCGUUCGGCUUCACGCUGCGCCAAUGCUACCAGCAGGUGGGCUGCCUCUUCCUCUUUAUCGCCAUGGGCAUCUUCACCUUCUCCGCCAUGGUGUACACGGUGGAGCACGAUGUCCAUAAGACCAACUUCACCAGUAUACCACAUGCCUGGUGGUGGGCUGCUGUAAGCAUCUCUACCGUGGGCUACGGAGAUAUGUACCCAGAGACUCACCUGGGCCGGCUCUUCGCCUUCGCCUGCAUUUCCUUUGGGAUCAUUCUGAACGGCAUGCCUAUCUCUAUUCUCUACAACAAAUUUUCAGACUAUUAUAGCAAACUGAAAUCCCACGAGUUCACCUCCACUCAGAAGGUCCGUGGCAAGCUCCGCUUUGUCAAGAGAGCUAUUAAAAAGAUCGCAGACGGCUCCAUAGAAGCUAGACGGGUGCAGGAACCUUGGCCGCCAAAUUAUGCUACGUUCAACGACGAGCCGGGAGCUGAGAAUUGCCAUCACAGAAUUCCCGGUUGAUUGAGGCAUUAUGUAUUGCACUUACUGAAAGCCAAUUCCAUUCCUAGGACCGUUAGAAAGCACUAGCCUAUUACAUCACAUAUCUAUAGGUUUGAGACGGUCAUGGCUAGAGAAUUAGUUUGCACCCUAUUCACUUCAAUCGGGUGACCAGCUAUGAAUUACUUUAUUUUUUAUUCACAUAAUUUGCAUGGACAGAUUUGUAAACCAGUCAUAAAUCUAUUCACUGAGGCCUGCCUCAUUUCUGCAAGAUUAUCUUUGAUGCUGAAUAGUGAUGGAACUAAUCUCUUUGGAUCUUAGGCCUAUAUGGGUCUAAUAUUCUACACAGUGAAAUAAAUCUUCUCGGCCUAUAUGAUGUGAACAUAUGAGGCAAAUCUAUAUGCCUGUUUAAAAUAAUUUUUAUUUUUGCUAC